AUGAUACAAAUAGAACCAAUACGAUCAAAUUAUACCGAUCAGGAACUUGCUGAAGUCAACUCAAACAGCUAUAAUAAUGCUAAAGAACUAGUGAAACAAGAGCUCAAUCUUAUGAAAAUAGAAAAAACACACCCGCUAGUACGACAAGAGUAUCAAACAAAUAAUGCAACCACCAGUAAUGGCUCACUUUUACAGGGUGAUGCUCAGCUAUUGAAGAAAUUCAAUGCGCAACGGAUCAACAACAACAGCCCGGACAAAUCCCCAAGUUUGAUUGAUUCUAUAGAUUUGAAAAGAUACACAGAGUUUACUACAGAGAAUGGAGAGGCAGAUUUAUCCAAAAUAUAUAUCAGUUUGGCCUACCAAAAUCACCGGUUGAAUAGUUUGAAAACAACCAAAGAAAUCGAAGAGCUGUUGAAGUAA